AUGCCCCCCCUCAACAUCGCCAUCAUCGGCAGCGGCAUCGCGGGCCUCCUGGCGGCCCGCAUCCUCCGCGAACAACACCAGGUAACCAUCUACGAGCGCACCGCGUCGGCCAACGAAACGGGGGCGGCCAUCAACAUCGGGCCCAACGGGAUCGCGAUCCUGGAGAGUGUGGGGCUGGACCGGCGGCGGGCGCGGGCCAUCCCCGGGGCGCGCACCAUCGCCUACAACAAAGCCGGGGCGGUGACGGCCGACACGACGGUGGACUACCGCCGGGAGUUCGGCGCGGACUGGCUGUUCUUCCACCGGGCGGAUCUGCGGGACGAGCUGCUGCGGUUGGCGACGGCGCCGGAGGAGGAGGUGGGGGUGAUGGGCUGUCCGGCGAGGGUGCGGUGGGGGGUCGGGGUUGUUAGCUGUGGUGGUGGUAGUGGUAGUAGUGGUAGUAGUGGUAGUGGACAAAGGGAUAUAAAGGUGGAGAAUGGGGAGGUGGUGUUGAGUACCGGGGAGGUGGUGAGGGCGGAUUUGGUUGUGGCAGCCGACGGCAUCAAAUCCACCCUCCGCCCGCUCGUCCUCCCCGCCGUCCCCAACAUCCACCCCAUCCCCGCCGGCUCCUCCAUCUUCCGGUUCACCCUCACGCGCGCCCAGGCCCACGACGCCCUGGGCUAUCUACCGGCAACCCUCGACCGCACGCAGCCGGGCUGCAUCACCACCGUCUUCGCCUUCGACGCCACCGAGCGCCGCGUCGUGAUCUACCCGUGCCGCGACUUCGAGGUCCUGAACUUCGCCGUCAUCGUGCCGGACGCGAUGCUGUGGCGUUCCACGGCCGCGAAGAUUGCCCCGGAGGGGUACCCGGAGGGGGGCAACUGGUCGGCGGAGGCCGACAAGGCGGAGCUGGUCGAGCAUUUCCGCGACUUCCCCGACUGGGUGGGGGAUUAUCUACGCGCAGCUCCCACCCCCGGCCUCCGCGUCUGGCGCCUCCACCACACCCCGCCGCUCCCCAGCUAUAUCGCCGGCCGCACGGUGCUGAUCGGCGACGCCGCCCACGCGAUGACCCCGCACCAGGGCCAGGGCGGCACCCAGGCGAUCGAGGACGCGGAGGCGUUCCGUCUGUUCCUGGGCGAGCAUGUCACGGCCGAGGCUGUGCCGGCGCUGCUGCGCGACCUGGAUCGGGUGCGGCGGCCGCGCGCGUCGCGCAUCCAGGUGAACAAUGUGCAGGCGCGCGGGCGCAAGUCCGCGCAGGAGGUGCAUCGGUUUCGAAGGUUCAAUUGGACGUAUCCGGGGGUUUUGGCGGAGGUGCGGCGGUUGAAUGCGGAGGGGGGUGCAGUGGAUUGUGGGUAUAGUUCUGAUAGUGGUGCUGCUGCUGCUCAAGGCCAAAGGGAUCAUGAAGAGGAGCGGGAGUGGAAGUUAACCGAGAACCCAGAACCAAGAACCAGAAACUUAAUCCGAGAUCCGCAAACCCAUGACCAAGACCACAUCCCCAACCCUCACCCGAGCAUCCCUUACCCAGGUCAGAUCAGGUCAGUUCAAGUCAGAUCAAGCCAGUCAGAAAACAAGAUACGAAGAAGCACAGACACCCGCUCCACUGCACGCACUCCACUCCCUAACCUGCCAUACCCGACGCAACCUAUCAGCUACCCAGCUGCCCCAGCAGCCCCAGCCAAACAAGCUAGACUCGUCGACGAGCGGGAGCUAGAGCCCUACUACGUCAGAUGUAGAUUACACACAACGACCCCCGUAUAUACGGACGGGCGUGGGCUUGGAUUCGGGUCGGGAUGGGGAGGGUACCGUAUGGACCAGAGGGGAGGGGAUCCACUCGCCGUUUUGGGCAAGCUGUACGCUGUAGCUUACUACUGUAGGAUACGUAACCCCCCCUACUACUACUACUACUACUACUACUACUACUACUACUACUACUACUACUCUACUACUACUACUACUACUACUACUACUACUACCCUCACGCUCAUGCCCAACCACAACAACUAA